AAAGAUCAAGGAUUCUCCGGUUGCCAUAAUCUCUGCGAGGGGGAUAGGUCUACGCGAAACAUACAUAGUUAAUUUGCGAACCGUCCAGGACGUGUGUAGAUUUCUAGAAUAGAAUCAUUUUCCGCUGAAUACUUCACGAUGUGGUAAUGGAUAACAUGCGCCACGUAUUUGCAGUAAAUUACGUGAAACUGUUGAGAUUUUUAUUGGUUGUUUAUUCCUCGUGGGCGGAGUCGAACUCCGAUGGUCUUCGGUGUUACUAUUUUAUUUCAAAACAGUGAAUGCUCGCCGUUUCACGUAGGACAAGGUGUGCGUCGGUGUUUCUUUUUUUCUCUCAUUAAUUUUCAAAGGUGCAAUUUUAGCGCGACUCCGGAUCCGAGCCGGUGCUCUUGGCAGACCGGCACAAUUCCUCGUACAGUGGUAGAAAUCAGAGCAUGAUAGAAACCAUAAUCGGAAGGCCGUUGGUAAUCGGACUUAAAAUUAUAGACGUAUGGCCGAAUUACAAAAAUAAAUUAUGUCGAUGGUUCCUCUGGUCGAGCAUGGCUCUCACUCUCGCCUGUCAAAUUUCGGCUAUAAUGGACAUCACCCACGAAGGCGCACUUCUUAUGGACGCGGUGGCGAGAUGCAUAACGAAUUUGCUGUCCAUGAUGAAGAUAGUUUUUCUGUGGCAGAAUCGAAGGUUGAUUGAAAGAUGCUUCUCAACUAUAGAGCGGGACUGGCAUAAUGUUUCCGGUGACGAGAAUAUCGCCCACAUUUCGAGGAUCACUCUGUUCUCCCGAUUUUUCACUAUCUACUUGUUGGGAACUUACUACUUUUCCGCUACCCUGUUCGUUCUCAGAUCAAUCUCUCACUACACUCCGGAAGACUCUGGUAUUCCAAGGGAACUUAUUGUCAGAUGUAAAUGUCCGUUCGACGCUUAUCGGACACCCGCAUUCGAAUUGAUGCUAGCAGUCGGGUGGCUGCAAACGGCGUGUUUAGUCGGUGGACACGUAGUCGCGGAAGGUGCACUCGCUGCGAUGAUCGCGCACGCAUGCGGUCAGUUUGAUUUAUUGCGCGAUAGAAUUAUCCGGCUUUCCAGCGCCGAAGAAGUUCCCGAUAUCGUUCGAACUCACGAGAGAAUUAUUCAUUUUGUCGAGGACAUAGAGAUAAUUUUCAGGUGGAUCGGACUUGCCGAAUUUUUAUCAGGUUCCACCAUCAUGUGCGCUCUCGGAUUUCUCAUUGUAACUAGUCUGGAAUCCGAUCUCGAUAGCGGUACGGCUUCACUAUUGGGAAGUUAUAUAGUGGCCAUGUUUCUCGGAGAGUUCACCUACUGUUUUUUGGGAGAUAUCCUAAUCGAAAAGGCUCGUGGCAUCCGCGACGCGGCCUACAGUAGUUCCUGGAACGAUCUGCCUCCGAAAACAAGUAAGCUUUUGAUCUUGAUCAUGGUCAGGGCUGACAAAUCGCUCAGCAUAACCGCUGGGAACUUCUUUGCCUUAGAUCUUCAAUCUUUCGUCAAUAUACUGAAGACCACCGCUUCUUAUCUUUCCGUUAUAAGAGCAAUGUACGAAUGACAUUUAUCGAAAAUCAGUUAUAUUCUCACAUGCUAUGCAUAGUAGCAAGCACAUAACGCGUGUACCAUGCUUGAUAUAUAUCCUAUAAAAAAAGCUGCAGAUUUUCCCUAUCAAAAUCAUUACCCGAAUAAAGAAAGGAUGAGGAAAAUGAAGAAGUGUAAAAAAAUAAAAAAAAACUUAUCACCCAAAGGUCUGCGAGGGACCAAAUCCUGCGAGUAGCGACUUCGUGAUAUCAUUUAUUUACGGUGGGAAUACUGAAAUAUGAGGUUCUGCAUUAGUACCGCGGUAAUAAAAAUUCCAAAUCUUUUUCGCUAAUCUAUUACGGGGAAUAAGAACGUGAGCAGUGCGAAUUUUCGCUGUAGAUUAAGAACAUAAAUUCUGGAGAUAUAAUCCAUCCUACCGCAUUAGAUUAUUUUGCGUAGCAAAGCAAGGGAACAAGGCAAACUUCCGAACAAAUUUUACUCACCUAUCCCCAUGAUGUUCGAUCUUGCAACAACCGCGAUCGAAACGAAACGUCGAUGCGGCUCCGUCGAUGUUGGGAUGGAAAAAAAUUAUUGAUUUCAGAAAAUUUUUCCCUCUCAAAAUUGCGAGUAAGUUCGAUGGAUAAUUUGAUCGAAUUUUACGCCACUCGUAGCUGACACUAUACUCGGUAAGUGCUCGGGGGUAGUGCGAUGCGAGGGUUAGUUUUGCUCCCUUUGUGCUAACUUUUCACCCUAGGCAUCACGGUCGAUCGUGGGCCACGAUUUUCGCAUCUUUGUUCGUCGGUAUAGAGUGACGCGCCAGAUG